AGUGUAUGAGCUAAUAUGCGGAGUGAUCAGCGUGUUUCUCCUAUUGUGAGAUCGGCGGCCUUGGCUAAGGACAUUCGGUGCCUUUUUUCGGGCUCUUGGCAUCCAGAAGCAAGCGUGCGCCUUGCGCGACGCCUACGCAAGACCUCCACGUGCGCAUUGCAGUCUGCGAGGCCGUUUUCGGCUUUGUGCGGAUGGGUAUUUGACGUGGUCUUCGUGCAGGCGCGCUGGUCCUAUAACAGGUUUUGUAUUGGCGACAUGACACGAAAAUAACACAGAUUGUCAGCCUGCGUCCAGGUCAACUCUCCGACUCUACCGGUACCGGCGUCGGGAGGUCAAAAACAAAA